CGGGGGCCGAGGGCAGCCCGCGCAGGGGGCGGGGGCGGAGGCCGGAGCUUCCACCGGCUUGCGCCCCGCGCCUGGGGGGAACGGGCAGAGGUGGCGGAAACAAAGGGUGCCGACCGUCCCGUCCGGCUUCCGCCCAGCCGCACCCCCGCGCGGCUGCCUCAAGGCCCCCGAGGGCCCGCCUGCCCGCGGCUUCCUCUGGUGCUUAGCAACGGCCCGGGACUGGUUCCACGGCCUGGGCACCCGCCCACCUCGACCUCGACGCCUCUGGUGUCCCGGCAUGGAGAGAGCUGGAAGCGGUGGUGGCCGGCUCCCUCAUUAUGCCUCGAGGAAACUGAGGUCCACCGAGGGGGGGCACUGGUGCGGACUCCCGCGGCUGGGAGGUGACAGCGCGCGCCGGCUCUUCCAGACCGCGAGUUCUGCGCGCUUGUCUCUCACCUCGCUGCCUCCUGAGGGAGGGGCUGGAACCCCCCUUUUUCCGAGGGAAAGGGGUUGGUGAAAGGAGAGCCUCAGAGAGGGUUAACUAGAUGGAGAGACUUGAGUCAAGAUCUUUCCUGUGCGUGAUGCUGAAAUAAGAAUAAGGAAUAAAAAUAGCUUCUGCCUCACCUCAGCCAGGUGAAUAAAGUGCUUUGUAAACCUUAAAGCACUUCCGCUAAUCUCGGCUUUCUAUCCUUAUUGAUGCUGUUGCUCAUAGGAAUGGCAGAGAAGCGCCUAUGUACCAUUCAUUCCAGAGCCCCACUCAUUAAAUAGGUUUUUGGCCCCAAAGGAAGGCAAAUGGAAGAAGUCAAAAGAUUUGCAGACUCAAAAUUACCCUGCUAUCCCAUCUCACUGCUGUUUUCUGGAAAAAGUGACUUAGUGGAAAAAACAUUGCAUUUGAGAGCAGAGGAAAUAGAUUUGAAUCUAACUUUUACUAUUUAAUACCUUGGUGAGUUUGGCAAAUUAUUAAUCUUUUAGGGACCUUUCUGUCCUUAAUUGUCUGGCUCAAAUAAUCCAUAAAAUCCCUUGCAGCUCUGAAACCUGUAGUGCUUGGUAAAUUGCUUCAUCCUGUGGGGCUUAAUUUCCACAUCUCUAAAUAAGGAGAUCAAAGAGGGUCAUAUUUAAGAUUCCUUAUCCUUCUAACUCGCUGAUCUGACUCAGUGACUUUGACGAGUUGAUGUAAUUUUUUAGACUUGCAUCAAGAUGUCUGAUUUCCCAUCAAAUAGCCUUGUCUCCAGUUUUCAGGUAAAUUUAGCAUAGAGAAGUGACAUUUAUAAGUCCCUUAGCCAGAUAUCUAGAUGAUUAUUGCUCAAGCAGUACACAUUAGAUAUUCUAAAAUAAACAGUAAUCUGGCUUUCCCAUUUUGGCUGUGAGUUUUCACAUUUUACUGAAGAGAGUAAGGUAUCUUCCUUCUGCUUUUAUUAGCUAUCUGGAGAACUUUGAUAGUUGAAUGUCUUAUGUGGUCUCAUAAUAUCUAUUUGGGUUCCAAGAAAUAGGUAUAUGUAUGCAUUUUUUAUUAUUAUCUUUAGAGAUUACUUAGUCCAGCCUUCUCAUUUUACAAAAAAACCAUGUCACCCCCAAACUUAGGAUCCUCCAGAAUCAACUAAAAUCCUCCAGCAUUUAAAGCUCUUCACAACCUGGCUCCUUCCUACCUUAAAAUCUUUUUAUACAGUAUUUACAUACUCUUCUGUCCAGUUCACUGGAUUAAAUGCUGUUGCUUGCAAUGCUUAAUUCUCCUGACUCUAGGGCUUUCUCCCUGUGCCCCAUUCCUGAAAUGCUCUCUCUUGUCCAUUCUUUCAAGACUGAACUUAAACCUGACUUUCUGCAGAAUUCCUUUACUAGUUUCCCUUCUGAGACAUUUUGCAUUUUCCUGUAUUUAUCUCUUAUGUACAUAAUUAUUUGCCUGCUCUCUCCCCUCUCUAGGAGGUGAGCUCCAAAAUCUUUUACCUUUCCUUGAUACUCAGCAGAAUAGCUAGCAAACAGUAGGUGCUUAAUAAGUUUGUUUACUGAGAAAUCAAUCCCCAGAAAGGUGAGGAACUAGCCCAAGUAUAUACCUGUAGCAAGUAACAGAGCCAAUAUUAAAUCCUAGGUUCCCUUGAUUCCUUAUCCUGUGCUCUUUCUUCUUUGUCCAGUAUGAUCUCCCAGAAAUGGAAAGGGAUCCCAGAGGUCAUGCUCCUCAUUUUCCAGGAGUGUCGCAUUGCACAUCCUAUUGUUAAAUGCACCUAUUGUCGAACUGAAUUUCAGCAGGAAAGUAAAACUAAUACGAUAUGCAAGAAAUGUGCUCAGAAUGUAAAGUUGUAUGGAACGCCCAAGCCUUGUCAGUAUUGCAACAUUAUUGCAGCAUUUAUUGGCAAUAAAUGUCAGCGUUGUACAAACUCAGAGAAGAAGUAUGGACCACCAUACUCUUGUGAACAGUGCAAACAGCAGUGUGCCUUUGACAGGAAAGAUGACAGAAAGAAGGUAGAUGGGAAGUUGCUGUGUUGGCUGUGUACGUUGUCAUACAAGCGAGUCCUUCAGAAAACCAGAGAGCAGCGGAAGCACCUGAGCAGCUCCUCCCGAGCAGGCCAUCAUCAGGAGAAGGAACAGUACAGCCGGCUGAGUUCUGGGAGCCAUUUUAACAGCCAAAAAACACUGUCUACAUCUUCAAUUCAGAAUGAAAUUCCAAAGAAGAAACCUAAGUUUGAUGCUAUCACUGCUAAUGGAGACAGCGUUCCUUCCUCUUACGAGCUGCUUUGUCCUAAUAUCCAGAGUGCCCCGUCCGUGUUGGUGCAGUGGGCUGCUUCCCAACAGAGUCUUGGUGCCAACCAUUAUCCUGUUCCUCCAGGCACUGGCAUCCUGAACAGCUUUUCACCAGAUUUAGCUCUGGACUCUCCAGGCACUGAUCACUUUGUCAUCAUUGCCCAGCUAAAGGAAGAAGUGGCUACACUUAAGAAGAUGCUUCAUCAGAAGGAUCAGAUGAUCUUAGAAAAAGAAAAGAAGAUUACUGAAUUGAAAGCUGAUCUCCAGUACCAGGAAUCUCAGAUGAGAGCCAAAAUGAAUCAAAUGGAGAAGACCCACAAAGAAGUCACAGAGCAGUUACAGGCCAAAAACCGAGAGCUUCUGAAACAAGCAGCUGCUUUGUCAAAGGGCAAAAAGUCUGAGAAGUCAGGAGCAAUGACUUCUCCAUGAAAAAUGACCUGGGAGCUUCUUGAGCAGCAGCAACAGGAAGUCUUAGGCUGGUGCUGGAGGCAUGGCUCUACGGGGAGCUGCAAGCUUUCCCAGGAAUCUCCUUUUAUACUGUGGCUGUGGGCAGGGUGGAAACAUCUGGUGUGUUACAUUAGGAUCGCAUACUGGAGGGUGUCAGGGUUAAAUUGAUUAUCUCUCUAUUUUUUGUACUUCUUUUUGUUUUUUAUAGUGGUAACUGCUCAGUGUUUUGUGCAGAAGGAAUUAUUUUCCCCACUCCUGCAUCCUGCAUUUCCCAUGAACAAAUAGUUUGGCAUUGGGUAAAUAUUAUCACUGCCACCUUUUGAACUCAGAAGCUGCCACUCUAACAGGACUUAACCCAAUGGAGGUUUCCACUCUCCAUUAAAUUGCUGCUUCAGGGGCUACUUUUUUUUUUCCAGGUAUACUAUGAACUUUGUACUAUAUAUAGACAGAAGUUUAUUUAUUUAAAAAACAAAAAAUGAAAACCCUUUUUCUUGAGAAAGGGAAAUAAUCAGACCAGCUAGUUUGCUUUGUGACAGAGCUGUGAUAACUAUUGAAAAAACCAUCCCAAUCUCCAUUUAGACUACAGAAAAGAAUGGCAAUUUCAUCUGAUUUACUGCUUAGUUGUUUCAUAAUGUUGAUGGUUAAAGUGAAUGAAACAGUUGGAUUCAGAAGUAGGGCAUUAGGUGCUUUUUUUUUUUUUUAAGGACCCAUUAAGAAAAGGGCAUUUGAGGAGACAUUUUAGGAGGGAACAGGGAUUUCAAAAGUGUCUCUUUAGAUAAUGUUAGAAAGUUUUGUCCAGGUUGUACUGGACAUCUUCACUUUCCUAAUUAUUUUAUGUAAUUAAUUUUGAACUUUUUUCAUACUGCCACUUACUUGGUUUUUGAGUCCCUUUCCUUCCCAACACCAGUUGUCAGAUUAAGUCACUGCCAAUGAACAUAGUGAAUUGGAAAAACUGCAAACUAUAGAGCAUGAGCCAUCUUGGGAUAGGCUGUUUGAGUCAGAAGGAAGGAUUGCGAGAAAUAUUGCUGCUGCUGCUGCUACUGCUGUGUGUGCGUGUGUGAGAGAGAGACACUAUGUGUGUCCGUACGUGUGUGUGUGUGUGUGUGACACCAUCCUCAGAUUUUGAUGGAAAUAAAAUGGGAAAAUAUCCCUUACAUAUAGUCCAUUCUCAGACAUAAUUGUGAGUGUUGCCCAAGGUGUCCCAAUUACUUACAUUCAGUAGACGAUACACUUGGGUUAUUUGUUUCAUAGGGAGCAUGAACUUGCAGUUCUAUUUGCAUACUCUUAAUAAGCCCCACCUUUGUUAACCCAGCAUAUAUUUGAGAGAAAAUCGUGUGGGAUUAAGAUUUACAGUCUAAACCAUGAAACAUACUCAACUACACAAAGUAGUAGAUAAUAAUAAAUAACUCGUAUAAAGUUACCCAUUACUUUGGCCCCAUUGAUCCAUGAGAUACCACACAACUAAUCAAAUGGCAAGCAAGAAUUUGAGGCAAACGCAAUGGAGGGUGUGUGUGCGUGUGUGUGUGUGUCUAAGAGAUGAAUGAAUGAGUCUAAGGUAGCAUGAUUAUAGGGAUGGAUUCAGCUUCAGUGCAUUUUUUUAGAAGCAAAAUAUUACAGUUGAGAAUGGAGUACACUGGUGACUUAAUAUAGCUAUUUCCAGGUUUGUUGACAUCUCAAAUCUCACAUAUAGAUUAACUAACAAAAUUGGGAAAAAGAAAAAACAGAUCUGGAAAUGGAUCUCUUUGCCUUAUCUAGAAGGGGUAUAAAUAAAGUAUGUGUGUUGUGUUGUCCAUACGUUGCUGUCAUUUGAAAUACCAGGUUCCCUUCCAAACAAGGGGGACCAGCAGUACCAGUUAAUUGUGUAUUUUUUUGAAUCAGAACCUUUAAAUAAAGAAGAUCAGACAAUAUUAUUCAGGUACAUUUGUUCUAAGUUUGAAGAAAAGGUUGAAAAAAAUGUGAUAGAUACUGUUUUUUAAACCUUAGAGAUUGCGAAAUUGUUACAUCAAAUGUGAUACCAUAAAAUGACAAACUUAGUUUUGUACUAAAGCUUUUUUUUUUAAACUCAACAUUUAAUAUGAAGCGAAUUCACACAUUUUCUAACUUUCCUUAGAUUUCGAAAGGGAGGGAGGGGGCCCCUGGAUUUGAAAUAUUGGUUUUUAAAAUCAUGAUGCUGUUUUAUCAUGAAAUUGAAUAGGUGACUUUUAGUAACACCGUUGUUUCUUUGUAUGUUUGUAAUAAUGGAAAUUUUAAAAUGCAGGAAUGCUUUGGUUUGUACAGACUUUGACAGAUGUAAGAGUGUAAAAAAUUCUUAUUGACUGAAAUACAAUUUUUUUUCUAUUCA